AUGACGAUCGAACUCCAGGAAGAGAGGGAACACGUCCCCGAGCAGCUCACCAUUGGCGUGCUCGCCCUCCAGGGCGCCUUCCACGAGCACAUUGCCUAUCUCAACCGUCUCCGGUCAAAGGGACACACGAUCCGCGCCAUUGCGGUGCGCACAAAGGAUGAGCUUGACCAAUGCUACGCCCUGAUCCUCCCCGGCGGCGAAUCGACCGCCAUCACGCGCGUCGCAGCCAGAACGGAGGGCCUCCUCCCCGCCCUCCAGGCUUUCGUUGCCGACCCCAACCGGCCAGUCUACGGGACUUGCGCCGGCAUGAUCCUCAUGGCUGAGCCGGAUGGAGUUGGUGGCGGCAAGAGGCAAGGCGACGGGAAGGCCUGGGGUGGCAUUCGGGGGAUGAAGGUCUGGCGAAACUUGUAUGGUGGCCAGCUCGAGUCAUUCGAGUACCCCCUCGCUAUCCCCUCUCUCUUCUCCCUUCCCGACGAGCCCUUCAACACGAUCUUCAUCCGUGCGCCCUGUCUGCACUCCCUCUCCCCCUCAGCUCGCGCCGAGACGGAGAUCCUCGCCAGCCUGCCUCCGGAAUGCAUCCCGGCCCCGCCGCCCGCUGACUCUCCUCUCGGCCCGGCCGACGAGGAGACGCUGGGCGCCGUCAUGCUCCGCCAGGGCCGGAAGCUGGUCACAUCAUUCCACCCCGAAUUGUCGGGGGAUGCGAGGAUUCACGAGUUCUGGGUCGAGAGGUGUGUCCUGGGUCGUGACUCCACUGGAGGCUGA